AAUAAAAAUUUAAAUUACUAAAUUCAUGAUAAAUAAGCAUUAAAAGUGCUUUAUAAUGGAUAAAUUCCUUCAAAACGCACAUUAAAGUUGCAUAUAUUUGGAAGAAGACAGAUUAAAACUACAAAGUUUCAAAGAUCUUAUUCUCCUGUUACGCAAAAAAGCUACGUCAUUUACCAUUAUCCACUCUUAGCUCAACAAUAAAAAUUGUUGUUUAUGUGUACUUGAGUGUAAAUAUUACAGCUUUUCGUUAAAAAAUCAUAUAUCUACUCAUGUAUCCCUGCAUAUGUAACUUAUAAAUGUUUCUACGUAUCUAAUUAUAAUAAUAUAACAGUUUUUUGCAGGCUGCUGCCUGGGAGUUGACAAGACUUGAUGAUUAUUAUUCUGCAAACCACAAUAUGGAAAUCUUCCAUGUGGCAGAAUAACUACCAAGUCUUGGACUUUUAACUGAAAAUGAGUGUUGCCAGCGAAAGUGUAAAAGUUUCUGACUUAGCAAAUCUUCAAGACAAUAUGUCUGUGAUAAGAAUGGAAAACUUGCCAGUAUUAUCGAAUGGAAAUGGAACUUUGGAUUUUUCUUCUGCUCAAUUAAUCAAUAUCCCUGUUUUGCAGGAUGGCUCUGUGUCUGGAAUAGAUUCACAACAAAGUUAUAUUCUUGCAACUAGUGUUGACGGCAAUACUAUUCUUGUUGAUGCUUCACAGCUAGCCAUGCUUUCAGAACAAACUAUACCUUUAUAUGAUGGAACAAAUCUUUUUCAGUUAACAGCCCAAUCUACUUCAGAAGCUACCACUCUUUUAGAAAACGCAGAUGAACCCAGAGAAGAGACGCCAUUGGAAACUGAAAAGAGUAUUAAUGAUGUUGUGGAUGAUGAUGAAAUUCAACCUCCUGAUAAAAAGGGUUCUCAUAAAUGUCCCAUGUGUAAACAAGACUUCUCAAAUCGUAAACUUUUGCAACGACAUUAUAAAACUCAUGCUGAAGAUAAACCUCACCAUUGUGAUUUGUGUGAUGCUUCUUUUAAUAAUUUAUCAAAUUUACAUUUACACAAUGCAACUCAUUCUACUACAGGCUUAAAGUGUCCUGAAUGUGACAGAAGUUUUACCAGACUUGCAAGCUUAAAAUCACACUUAAUGUUGCAUGAAACUGAAGAAAAUCUUUUAUGUACUGAGUGUGGAGAUGAAUUCGUAACACAAUAUAAAUUGGACAAGCAUAUGGAAGACCACAUGAAAGAGUUAGUCAUGGAUAAAAGUUUUGUUUGCCGCUAUUGCUGCAAAGGAUUUCAAAAAUUAAGCUAUCUAAAGGAGCAUAUGAAGAUGCAUUAUAAAAUUAAAGCUUCCUUAAAUCAUCGACAGUAUCGCAAAAUUAAUGACCGGUCCAAAUUUCCUCAUAAGUGUUACUUCUGUGGAAAGCAAUUUCAAAAGCCAAGUCAACUGAUUCGGCACAAUCGUAUUCACACAGGAGAAAGACCCUUUAAAUGUGAUAUAUGCAGUCGAGCUUUCAACCAAAAAGGAGCUUUGUUAAUACACUCAGUAAAGCAUACUGGUGAACGUCCAUUUAUUUGUGAAUUUUGCCCAGCAGCUUUUGCCCAAAAAGGCAAUUUGAGAAAUCAUAUUCGCCGAGUGCAUACUUUGCUUCCUCUGGAAACGGGCGACGGAGUCCAUAAAUGUGAACUGUGUACUUGCGUUUUCCGAAAACUGGGAAGUUUGAAUGCCCACAUGAGUCGAGCUCAUUCCUCGGCAUUAGCUCCUACUAUAGAAACAGUUAAAAAUCAAUGUGAUUCAGCCACAGAACCACCAAAAGAAGUAUCCACCGUUGUGAAACAAUUAAUUGAGCUGUCUAAAGAAGCAAAACUACAGGAUAUAAAUAAAGAUACUUUUGAAACAAUAGUUGUAGACAGUAAUGUAAGUGCAGACAUAUUGCAACAAGCCUUAGAGAACAGUGGACUUGUAUCUGUAGAGCAAACAGAUAAGUCAAAGCCUUAUAUAACGACUGUUGAAGACACUGCUACUGGCACCAUGAGAAAACACAUUACAAGGAGUGUUGGUGGUGUUAGAUGGUAUCAAUGUAUGUACUGUACUAAAGAAUUUAAAAAACCGAGUGACUUAGUCAGGCAUAUUCGAAUACAUACUCAUGAAAGGCCAUUUAAGUGUGGUCAGUGUUAUCGAGCAUUUGCCGUACGAAGUACUCUUAAUGCUCAUAUUAGGACUCAUUCUGGUACUAAAGAAUUUUCCUGCGAACAUUGUAAAAAAUUGUUUUCUACCUCAGGGAGCUUGAAAGUUCAUCUUUUACUUCAUAGUGGUGUCAAACCAUUUUCAUGUACUAUAUGUGAUAAAGCCUUUCGAACGUCUGGUCAUCGAAACAGCCAUAUGGCGUCGCACCAAAAGGAUAAAGUUUCAAAACGUUCUAAAAAGAAACUUUCGCCACAAACUUUAGAUCUCAAUGUUACAGUUCCAUUGCAGGAACCAAUCCUCAUUACAGAUGAAGGCUUAGUUCAACCUGUAUCAAAGAAUAGUGCAAUGUAUAAUGAGCUUAUUAAAAAUAAGUUUGGGGGAGACAGACCCUAUCGCUGUUCUAUGUGUGAUAAGGGCUUUAAGAAAUCAAGUCAUCUGAAGCAACACAUACGUUCUCAUACUGGUGAGAAACCUUAUACUUGUACUCAAUGUCAAAGAUCUUUUGUAUCAAAUGGGGUCUUAAAAGCCCAUAUGAGAAUUCACACUGGUAUGAAAGCUUAUCAAUGCACUGUGUGUAAUGCUGCUUUCACCACAAAUGGUUCUCUCAAAAGACAUAUGUGCAUACAUAGCAAUGAAAGACCAUACAUGUGCCCUUAUUGUCAAAAAACAUUUAAAACAGCCAUGAAUUGUAAGAAGCAUAUGCAAACUCACCGCUAUGAGUUGGCUCUUGGCUUAGAAACUGGAGUGUCUGUUACAGUUAUGUCAGAUGGUGUUGUUGGGGUUCAUAAUCCAGAAGAAGCUGAAAAAGUCACUUCAACCACUGAAAACAAUACAGUCGAAAAACAAGCGCAUGUUCAAAAUAAUGAGACAGAACAACUAGCAGAAAAUGGUUGUGAAAAAGAAACUGUUCUUUCCGUGACAGACAAUUUUGUUAAUCAGGACGCAACUAAAAUAACUAUAACAGAAAUAUUGCCGCAGCAUUUGUCUCGUGAGGUGUAUAAUCCAGAUACUGGUAUGAUUGAGCACAUCGAAGUUGUGAGCCAGUCAGAAGUUUUUGGACAAACACCAAUAUUCUCAAUUCCUGAAACAGAAUUUGGGGGAAAUCAGUUGACUUUGCAGGCUGAUACUGAACCUGAGGAAUUUGUUUCAUCUACUACAACAAAUGAAAAUCUUUUACCAGAACAUCUAUCAAAUAUCUUGGAACAGCAACAAGAAACUAUAGUUGAAACGACACCAGCAGCAAAUGUAGAAAUCAAAUCUAAAGUACCUAAGAAGCAAAAGUUUAAAAGACCUUUCAAGUGUGAUCAGUGUCCAAAAACAUUUAAGAAAACUAGCCAUCUGAAACAACAUAUAAUCUCUCAUACUGGUGAGAAGUCUUUUUGGUGUACAAUAUGUGGGGAUAUGUUUAGUCACAAUAGAGUCUUGAAGCAGCACAUCAGAACUAAGCAUGAACAUGUCCGGGAUUUUAAAUGCUCCAUUUGUAGUACUGUUUUUACUACUAAUUAUAACCUUUUGAGGCAUAUGAACACCCAUGAUACACACCUCUAUCCUUUUCAUUGUGCUUAUUGUUCUGAUAAAUUUAUGACAAAGGACUGUUAUAAGUUACAUUUGGAUGAAUAUCAUCAAAUUCAAGGAAUCAGGGAAGAACCUAUAAAUGAAAUCUUUGAGAGAAUUCACGAAGAAAUGUCUGAAAAUAUGCCAGAAAAAGUUGUACAGGAAGGAGUAAGUAUUGAAACACCUGAUCAGAACUUAGAAAAAUCAACAAUUCAAGUACAAAUGUCCAAUAAUACUGAUGUAGUUGAAAAGAUAUUUUUAAAGUCUCUGAAAGAAAGCAAAAGAGGAGGAGGAAGGGAUUAUACCCCUAAGCAAAUUCAUCAAUGUUCACAGUGUCCAAAGAGUUUCAAGAAGCCCAGUGAUCUUGUUCGACAUCUAAGAAUUCACACUGGGGAAAAACCAUAUGCUUGUGAGAGCUGUGGCAAAGCUUUUACUGUAAAGUCUACAUUAAUAAGCCAUCAGAAAACACAUACGGGUGAAAAAAACUUUUCUUGCCAUGUCUGUAAUUCUCUUUUUGCUACAAAGGGAAGUCUAAAGAUUCACAUGAGACUUCAUACAGGUGCUAGACCCUUUAAGUGUCCUCACUGUGAGUUGACAUUUAGAACUUCUGGUCAUCGUAAGAGUCACAUGGCUUCACAUUUUAAAGAUCGUACUAAUCGUAAACGUAAAUUAACAAAUACAACUGCUGAAAAAGAACAACUGCAGCUGAAUAAUAUCAUGGGUUCAACACUUGUUACUCUUGGAGAAGAUGUUGUGAAUGCCUUCUCUUCAGAAGCAUGUACAGAACUGCCUACUUUUACUUCAGAUAGUUUUCAACUGCCGGCCAAUUUAUUCAAUCCCAAUGUACAGUUAACCACCAUUGAUCCCAACACAUUACUUCCAAAACCAUUUCAAAUAGAUGCCUCAGUACUCCAACAACUUCAGGGACUUAAUUUCAAUAUCACUUUGAAUCCUGCAGUCAGUGAAUCCCAACUGAUAAAUCCCAAACCAUCUACAGAUUCUAAUCAAACCCAACAGAUUAUUAGCAUUGAUGGCAAUACUCCUGUUUCAAACUCUAAUACAUUUACAAUAAAUCCUAAUAUGAUUAUUCAGCAACUGGGAUUUACAAUAGCUUCUCAACAACAAACUGAUAUGCAGAAUUCUGACAAUCUGACUUUAAUCAUACCAGGAACUAGUCUACUUAAGAAUGGUACUAAUAACAUAGUCCAGACAGGAGAGUUGCUAGAAGCUCAGGUGCUGACCGUUGGAGAGGGGGCCAAAGAGAGCACUGAAUUUAUUGAUGUGAGCAAAAGUCAAGAAAUUUUUUUAAAUCCGCCAACAGUUUCUAGUUUCUCAGAAGUGUCUUCAACUCCAGUAGUGCCCGAAACAGUGCAUGUGUGUAAUGUCUGUAGUAAAGGGUUUAAAACUGCUAAACAAUUAAAUAAUCAUGUAAAAACUCAUAACAAACCUGAAAAUAUUUAUCAUUGUGAGAUAUGUGACAUUAAUUUCAAAUUGAAAAAUCAGCUACUGAAACAUUUAAUUAAAUUCCAUAAAGUUAAGAAUUGAAGUAACAAAUCAGCAUUAUUCUCAUAUUGUAAGGUUCUUUCAUCUGAUAUUUCUAUACUAUAUUUUUGUAUUCAAAACUGUUAAUUAUUAUACUAUUUAUUAAAGUUUAAAAUAUAUUGCUUA